CGAAAUUUCGUCCAAACUUUUUGUCAGACACGAGCAGCGGGGAUCUCGAAUACCGAAACCCCCCCCCGCCCCCCGCCCCCCAACCCCCCGGAUUGGGACUCGAUCUCGCGCGGCUCCGAUGGUCCGGCUGCCGCCGGCGGCGGCGACGGCGACGGCCUCCUGUAAGACCAGCCUGCCCUAGAAAGGCGUGAGCUUUCUUGCGCGAUCCGGCAGCUACUCCCGAAUGCAGUACCACCAGGGCGGCGGCCGCAUGCCGCCGUUCGCGCGCGGCGGCGCGUACAGCCGCGGCUACAAGCAGGUCUACGCGCCGCCGCCGCCUCCCCCGCCGGUGGCUGCUGCGCCGUCGCCGCUGGACAAGCGGGAGGUGCUCAUGGAGGCCGGUCGCCUGGCCGCGGAGUACCUGGUGGCGAAGGGCGUGCUACCGCCGGGUUCCCUGCAGCGCCGGGGCAGUGGAUGGGUCCAGCUGCCACCUCCGCCUACGCUGCCACCGGCGCAGGAAACCCCAGCGUUCUAUGACGGCCGGAACGGUCGCCGGCGUUUUGACGACGGUGACGGUAAUACUAACCCCCGGUCACGGUGGAACCGUAGCGGUGAGAGCAAUGAUAAUGAUAGUAGUAGCUACAAUGGAAGAGGGAAGAGGAAAUUUGGUAAUUACAAUAGGUAUUCAGAUUGGGGUAGGGACAAGGGGAGGAGCAGGGGGCAUUCGGAUAGCCGGAGUCAUGAUGAUGGAGAUGACGACGGGCCUCCUGGUUAUAGGAGAGAGCGGCGAGGCAGUGGAAGAUUUGAUGAUGCUGGGAAUGGCAUGUCAUGGGUGGCAGCGUCUAGGACAGAGGCCACAGGGGAGUCAGAGCUGGAGGAUACUGGCUCGAAGGUGAGCUCUAGCAGUAAUUUCAGGAAGAGCGCCGAUGCUCUGCAAGAAGUGGAUGGUGAGAAUGAGGCGAAUAAGAUGCAUGUGGAUAGUAACCCGUCAAAUUCAGAAGUGGUGGAACAGGGGAUCAAUGGUGAGAAUACUAGUAAUAAUGCUUCUUCUGUUGUUGAGGAGGCAGAGUCAAAGACAAAACAUUUGCCUGUGCCCUUAGAUGAUAAGGCUUCAGAUGAGAAGCCUGACGAUAGUAGUGUUUCGAAUAAGAAGAUUGAAGAUGAUGGGACCUUGGCCGGGAAAGUUGAAGCUUCUGAUGAGAAGGUACCAGGUGCGGAGAAUAAUUUGCUGAACUUUUGCAGUUUCGCAAAUGUCCCGACAAAGCGACGAUCAAUACUUGCACGCAGGAAUGCAGCACCAGCCCAUAGGGGAGUUGCUGUGGCUGAACAGAUUGAUCUGGUUUCCUCUGAAGAUGAAACCCAUAUGGCCACUGAUGUAGCAGGACAUGGCAGCUCCUUGGCUAAUGUCCCAGAAGGCAACAAAGAUAACCCUGUUUGCUUGGAACAUAUGGAUACAAGCACUACUUGCAAUCAAAUGGUGGAUCCAGUUAAAUUCCAAGCAGAGGAAACACAAAUUGAUCCAGUUAAAUUCCAAGCAGAGGAAACACAAAUUGCAACUGAUGAUUCGAGAGGACAUAAAAAUAUUGAACAACAUCAUGCAGUUUGCGAAGCUAAGGAGCACAAUGAGAUACCUCCUAUGACUUCUCGACAGAAUAGCUUGAAGCAGCAAGUUGAGGAAGGAAUGCAGAUUUACAAUGUUGAUACACCACCACAAGAUGAAGACUUGAUUGCUUCAGCUGAUAAAGAGAAAGUAGCUGGCGUGGCAUUAUUACCAAGUAUCAAAGUUGAAGCCAUUGUUACAAAGGAAGAAGAAAAGCUAGGCCAGUCAAGUUCAUUUAAAAUAUGUGACCUAAACCUAGUUGGUAGUCCAGAUGUUUCUGAAUUACGAAAUGAUCCUGGUUUGGGUCACUUCUCAAUUGCUGGAUGUUCAAUGGAACCACAAAAUCAGCAACAAGUGGAUUUUAGAACAACUACGGGUAACAGUACAAGUGAUACCAACAUGUGUGCCCAAGUUCCAUUGGACAAUAAGGUGGUUCAAGUUAUUGAUAUUGAAGAUGGCUCACCAUUUGAAGAUGGUACAUGUGAUACUUUGAAAACAAAAAGCGAGACAUAUGCUAGUGAGGAGAACAUGAUGAACCCUGAUAUGAGCACAGAUGCUAUUCCUGAUAUCCAAGAUGGAUACAAUCUUGCAAUUUCAGAUUACCUUGGUGCUGAUAUAUCAUGCUACCAAUCAAUGCAAACAGAUCUUCACAAUGGGAUGAGCCUAAACGACUCAGAGGGCCCUGCUGUCAUGGAUGAUUCAAUAUAUGGUUCACUUAGUGAUAUUGGUUUUAUGGAGGUUUGGGACCAGCCACCUCAGGAUCAGGACUACGAGAAGUUCUUCUGAUCAGGCAUUAAAUGCUGUUGACAAUGCUGUAACUGUAAUCGUCAGAAACACAUACACACAUAGGAUUUUUGGCCACAUAAUCAUGAUAAUGUAUGUCCAGAUGUUUUCCUGCACAGAUACACAGAAGUGCCGAUGAGCAGUAGUGUAGAGACGCAGAGUAUCACCUGCCUUUUCCCGGACGACGUGCAGAUGUUUUGAUGCAUAUCAGAUAGCUGGAGGAACUGACCCUUCCAGCUCCUGCCUAGUAGGGUAGCGAUCCAAAGAGGAUUGUCAUUGUGUAAACAGCAAGAUAUAUAAGAUGAUAAACUGUUUUACGCAAAAGGAAAAAAAAAAGAUAAUACAUUGUUUGAUUGUCUGCUCCCUUGUCUGAUUGCUCCACGGCUGAAUUUGCCCCUAGCU